AUAAUAAUAAUAAUAAUAAUAAUGAUGAGGAGGAGGAGGUUAAUUCGGUGUUUUGUACGGAGACUGUGAGUGUCAGUACCGCGCCAAUACUUAUUUGCGAGAUUUUGAACAGCCUCUCUAACGUUACAGUCACAGUGUAACAAAUUUAUUUGUAUCUAGUUUGCCUUCGGUGGAGUUUGACUGGUUGCGCACUACUUUUGUUAUGAAAUCUGUCGUCGCACGCGUUCGUGUCACGCGCAGGCACUGUAUUUUUUGAGCGCCUAACAGUGAAGAGUAAGACGGAGCUGGGAGGUAACGCAGUGGAGGAGAAGCAUUCAGGAAGAAGACGGGGAAGAGGGCCAUGUCCGAGACACGGCGGAGAACAAACCGUGGGCCUCUGGAGAAUCCGGAAGCUCAGCGUAAUGGGGUCGCUGGGCACAGCGGAGACACGGGAGACGAGGACGAGGACGCCCCACGUGCGGCUGGGUCAUCGGGGAUGACUGAGGAGGACGAUGACGACCCAGCAGAGAGGAGACAACUCCGACACCAGUACCGGGAACUCAUCAAUUCUGUGCAGCAGAACAGAGAAGAUAUCCUGAGCCCUACAAACAAUAAACUGACUGAGGUUUUGGAAGAGGCCAACAGACUGUUUGUAAAUGUCCGGCAGACCAGAGAGGCUGCACUGGACGCCCAGUUCCUGGUUUUGGCAACAGACCUGGGCAAGGAGAAGGCCAACCAGUUGCAUGCAGAUGGCUCUGCUUUUGACCCCUCUGCUUAUGCUGAGCACCUGCUGUCCUUCAUGGGCUUGAAUCGGCUAGAAGAGGCUGAAGACAGUGAUGAGGAAGGAGCGUCCAGUGGCUACCUGCCCCAGGAUGCUUGGCGGAAGCUAGCCAAGAGGGCUGAGAACUGCUUCAGAACAACCCCCUCCUUCCACUUCAUGUUGGGUUCCUUUCUAGCAGAGCCACCACCUCCGCGGCAACGUGUGGAGAGACAGAGGAGGGCACCCGUCAAAGAAGCAAAGAGGAUCAUGCCAACUCAGUUGAAAAAAAUGGAAGAAUCUCACCAAGAAGCAACAGAAAAGGAAGUGGAAAGAAUUCUGGGUUACCUGCAGAGUUACCAUACAGAUGACCCCACAUCACCAAUUUCCUAUUAUGAGUUUGUCACAGACCCCACCUCCUUUUCCAGGACAGUGGAAAACAUCUUUCAUGUGUCCUUCUUAAUCAGAGAUGGCAUGGCGAAGAUUUACCAGGACAGAGACAAGUUACCUUGCAUUGGUACAAAGGACAUGUCCUCUCCUGUGCCAGAAGGCGAAGCAGAAGGCUCUUCCAGCCGUCAGCAGUGUGUUAUCUCUAUCAGCCCAAGGAGCUGGAAGGAAAUUAUUGAAGUCUUUGGCAUCAAGGAACCCAUGAUAAGUGCCCCCAAUUCAGCUACAUUUGCUGGUAGCCAGUAACACUGUAGAAGUUAUGGAGGAGUUUUACUGUAUAUUUUAUUUACCAUUAAAUUGUUUUAAUGACUUACUUUUAUAAGUGCCUUAGAAUGGCUGUCGAGCAAAAGCACACUUUCCUUUCAAUUCCAAACUAUUGUUUUGUAUUUUUCUUUUUUAAAGAGCAUAUUGGAUGAACUGGAUUUUUCCUUUUUUCCAGUUUGUAAUAAAAAGGUAAUCUCAAUGUGUUGUCUGCCUUGCAGAUCUGCCCAGCAUCUUGUACUUGUAUGCUUCUUGGGCAGGAGAAAAUAAUUUACACAGCAGUGUGUCUCUCCCCCAAGGUAUUAUUUUAUAACCACUCAAAUCAGCAAUUGCCUUUUUUUCCACCUAGCUCUGAUCCUUUUAAAUACAGUACAACAAUAAUCAACUUGGGGCAUAUACUUACUGUUCACUUAAUUUUUGACCACUAGUAGGCAGUGCUGCUGUGUAUUGGGAGGUAGGGGGUCUGCAGUAGUUUUUUUCCAGUGUUUGUGAUAUCAGAUGAUUUAAGGGCCAAUGUACAGUACAUGGUUUUAUAUAUACAUAUAUAAUAUAUUUUUUUUAAUAACUGCGAAAGGAGUACACUUGGGUGUGGGGGUCUGUGUGUAUAUACUUAUUUUUCUACUCUUUUCAAACAGUAUUGUUUGCGAUGUACAUUCUACAAUGCAAUGUGUUGUCUUAAGUAAUGUAUGUUUCUGGGUGUGAAUAAAGCUGUUUAGUCUCUUCAAUAAACCACCAGUGGUCCUGGAGCAUGUUCACAGCA